UUAUACUCAAGCCCAUAAAAUUGGGCCUUUGAGCCCAACAAUUAACACUGGGACUGGAAGAGGAUCUUUGUUAGUUUCUCUUUCUUACCUUUCCCACUGGAACUUUCAGUUUGUUCCGGUAGCUUCCUUCAAUUGGGGAAAUCAUCCAUUUCCUCGUCGCCGGUAACCGUCGACAACGGCUGGGCGGCCUGAAGAAGUAGUAAAUAAAAUCAAAAUCAUGGAUUAUUACAAGGUGCUAGGAGUUAAUCGGAGCGCAAGCAAAGAAGAAAUUAAGAAAGCGUUUAGAGAUUUAGCCAUGGAAUUUCAUCCGGACAAGCACAUCGAAUCUCCUAAACACGUCAGAGAAAAUGCUAUCAGUAAAUUCAAGCAAGUAUCAGAAGCAUACGAGAUUCUUAUGGAUGAUCGGAAGCGCGCUGAUUAUAAUUUUGGCCGCAAUAGCAGCCGGAGCAAUUAUAAUUAUUACGAUAACGGAACUCGCCGUGCUUACGCCGGCGGAGGAGGAUAUGGUUAUGGGUAUUCUCGAGCAUCGGGUAAAAGUGCCGGUAUGGAUAUUCCGUUUGAACGGCUGUUUAGGUACUUGGGGACUCGAGCCUUUGCUCGCGAUGCGGCAUUCGCCGGCGGUUUGUUAGCUGCAGUUUAUGUCAUUGAUACGGGAGGAGGUGCUCUGUGGAAGAUGAAGAACAGUGGGAAAUCAUUUGAAGAAGCUAUUGGAUCAAUUGAACAAGCCAAAGCUAUUAAAGAUAAAAAGUGAAAGUGUUUUGUAAUAAGAGUCAAUUCCCUGCAAAUCUGGGUUCUGCCCCGGAUGAUGUUCAUUCCAUUCUCAUAGGCCAAUGCUGUCUGCAUCAUCCAACAGUCUUUUCCCAUAAACUUCUGUUGAUCAUGUCAUAUUCAGUGUGGUUGUGCGUGGGUGUAAACAUGUCGACGAAUAUCUGAAGUUCAUUGAUGUGAUAUGAGAGCAACUGGCACUUAGAAAUAUUCUUCUUAAUGAAAAUUUAAACUUGAUUUCCCUGUCCAUCAGAGAGGUUUGUGUCUGAUACAGAAGAAAAUAGUUGAACUGCCUAGCCCUUUUAGUGAUGCUUUCAAAUUUCAAGCAGUCCGGUCUAUAAUUACUACUAGUACUAAAAUAGAAGACCUUUUUGGACUUAUGCUGGAGCUUGCCUUUUGCUUGUCUGAUAUAAUCUCAUCCUUCAAUCAUGAAUAUAGAAUGAAUAUGAAAGAAUGUUACAGUACUGUACAGCAUCACAUGUGUCUGCUGUAAUUUCCACUUUUGGAAAGUUCGAUAGAUCAGCAUUCCUCAAGCAAGCAUUAGUCUGUUUCUUUGCUGAGUUUACUUGGCAAAAUCUCUUCUGGAAAUAAUUCAGUUCAGACUUGUUUAGGAGGAUCAGCUUAGUUCUCUGGAGAUUCAUAACUUUUAGAAUGAACCUAAUAAUUAUAUGUCUAUACACAUGGCUAGCUAUAGGGUUGAAUGUAAACUCUCAACACUCCUCACACAAAAAUCAAUAAUUUUUUACUGGCAUUACAGAAGCUAGACACAAAACUCUUUCAUGUUACUGCAUUCUGAUACAGUGACUUCGGAUAAAAUCAAAUGCUUCGUGACAGACUAGUGAGAAAGAUAGAAAUAGAUUAUCUUAAUUGAGGGGCCAAGUGAUUUCGUUUGAAAGGGAAAUGUAGGCACAAAACUGAGUAGUGUGUGAAGGUCAUGAGAAUACAAAUUUGACCUAGUUCCACCAAUGGAUCCUGACAAAGACCAAGUUGUUUUUUAAGCAGUGAAAUGAAUUCAUCAAAUAGCAGGAAACAAUCUGCGCUACAAUAAUCAAUUGGAGACAAAUAUGUUAUAAUUCCAAUGAACGAGUCUACAAAAAUGUUGGAACAGAACAGUUGAGGUAAUCGCCCAUAAACUGCAUGUUUGCCUGAGAACUUUAUCAAAAAUCCAACUCUUGCCUUCUGCAGGAGUAGUUAACACAUCCUCAAGUUCUGCAAUCUGAUGUGUAGUUAUUGAUAAUACUCUCUGUUGUUUUUGUUCUUGAUAAUUUCUUUAAGGUAACACGUGGUUGACUAAUCAUUGGAUGCUAGACUUCCUUUGGUGCUAACUCAUAUUUAUGUUCUCUACAUUAGUUUGGCUCCACCAAAAUGUCACUGUUAAGAUAACCACCUAUCAUUCCCUUUGCUACUCUUAUAAACAAGAUACAUAUGCUAAAUGCCAAAAAAGAGCAUUUUUUUUUUCACCUUUGCAAGAAUGAAAUGCAGGUUAUCAAGUAGGAAUCUCUGGCCUCAUUGCAACACACUGCAUAGUUUAGGCCAUUCUUUAGAAUCAAGAAAACAAAACCAGAACCAGAAAUGCUUGGGAAAUUGUAUUCUUGAGCAAUCAAAUGGUUACACAGUUUAGCUUCUUAAGGGAAAUUAGCACAAAGGACAUCAACAGUAGUGUGACUGUGUAAGUGUAGUAGGAUUCUGCUGUCUCCCAAGCCCCAAAGCAAAAACACAAUGAGUCAAUGGCCAUACAGAGAUCAUUUCUCACUGAAACUGGCUAAUACUGUAGAAAUUUAAAACUUUAGGAUCCGAUCCGACGUUCCUAAAACGUUGUUCAUUCUUGCAACCUGACUGAUUACUUUUUUGGCAUUAUAUUUUGUCAGCUCCUGACUAGGCCUAGCCUUUCUUCUAUGUAAAGGUGGCCCUUUAUUAUUUUAUUCACUUAGAUAAUCAAUUUGCAUUUUGUUGUGGCUCGGCUACUUGCAAAGGAAAGAUCGGCUAAUGAAGACUGAAGAAUGUAAUAAAAAGAUUGACUAGCAGUGGGUAAGGUUCUCUUUAUAUCGCACAUGAAAUUUGUUCUCUUAAGUAAGACUACAUGGCACUUGAUUCUGAAGUCUUGGGGAGUUGGAUGGAUUCGUUAUGCCUCCGAAGUGCACACAUCUUCGAAAUUUGACAUGAUUUCCUGAUUAUUAUAGGUUUAAGAAGAAUUCCUUUUGACAUGAUUUCCUGAUUAUUAUAGGUUUAAGAAGAUUUCCUUUUGUUUGAUCCUCUAAUAUAAUUUAUGCUUAACAAAAGGAUCAGAAAAGUGGUAAAAUUGUGAACUGAUUAGUUGAUUGUUUUUGAACUCGAAUCAUCUGUACCAGUUGUUACAUGAAAUGCUUGCCAUAAUAUAAUAGAAAGCCUGAAACAAUUUUGUUUUACAAUAAGCCAAGCUUACGAAAGUGGUAAAUAAAAAAUGCAGAAAAUUGGG